GGGCAGCGGGGCGGUACAAAAAGCGAUCCCGCCCCGCGCUCCUCACUUGACUUUGAGUGUCCGGCGGUCGGCGGUCGCAGGAGUGAGGAGGCGGAGGCGAGUGAGGCAGCCGGGCUCAGCCCACACCCCUCACCAGGAGGCACCAUGUGGCGGUGUCCACUUGUGCUGCUGCUGUUGCUGCUGGCUGGCAAGUUGGCCCUGGGUGCCCGGCGGGGUCGUGGGCGCCGGGAGCUAGCACCGGCUCUGCACCUGCGGGGCAUCCGGGAUGCGGGUGGCCGGUACUGCCAGGAGCAGGACCUGUGCUGCCGCGGCCGUGCUGAUGACUGCGCCCUGCCCUACCUGGGUGCUACCUGUUACUGUGACCUCUUCUGCAACCGCACCGUCUCCGACUGCUGCCCUGACUUCUGGGACUUCUGCCUCGGCGUGCCACCCCCCUUUCCCCCCAUCCAAGGAUGUAUGCACAGGGGUCGCAUCUAUCCAGUCUUGGGAACCUACUGGGACAACUGCAACCGUUGCACCUGCCAGGAGAAAGGGCAGUGGGAGUGUGACCAGGAGCCAUGCCUGGUGGACCAAGACAUGAUCAAGGCCAUCAACCAGGGCAACUACGGGUGGCGGGCUGGGAACCACAGUGCCUUCUGGGGCAUGACCCUGGAUGAGGGCAUUAGCUACCGUCUAGGCACCAUUCGCCCAUCUUCCUCCGUCACCAAUAUGAAUGAGAUUCAUACAGUGCUGGGCCCAGGGGAGGUGCUGCCCACAGCCUUUGAGGCCUCUGAGAAGUGGCCCAACCUGAUCCACGACCCUCUCGACCAAGGCAACUGUGCAGGCUCCUGGGCCUUCUCCACAGCAGCCGUGGCAUCCGAUCGAGUCUCAAUCCAUUCUCUGGGGCACAUGACACCUGUCCUGUCACCCCAGAACCUGCUGUCUUGUGACACGCACAACCAGCAGGGUUGCCGCGGUGGGCGUCUCGAUGGUGCCUGGUGGUUCCUGCGACGUAGAGGGGUUGUGUCUGACCAUUGCUACCCGUUCUCGGGCCAUGAGCAGGACGACGCUGGCCCCUCACCUCGCUGCAUGAUGCACAGUCGGGCCAUGGGUCGGGGCAAGCGCCAGGCCACUGCCCGCUGCCCCAAUAGCCAUGUCCACGCCAACGACAUCUACCAGGUCACUCCUGCCUACCGCCUCGGCUCCAAUGAGAAGGAGAUCAUGAAGGAGCUGAUGGAGAAUGGCCCUGUCCAAGCCCUCAUGGAGGUGCACGAGGACUUCUUCCUGUACCAGAGCGGCAUCUACAGCCACACACCAGUGAGCCUUGGGAGGCCCGAACGAUAUCGUCGGCAUGGGACCCACUCGGUCAAGAUCACAGGGUGGGGAGAGGAGACACUGCCGGAUGGAAGGACGCUCAAAUACUGGACGGCGGCCAACUCGUGGGGCCCAGCCUGGGGCGAGAGGGGCCACUUCCGCAUCGUGCGCGGCGCCAACGAGUGCGACAUCGAGAGCUUUGUGCUGGGCGUCUGGGGCCGCGUGGGAAUGGAGGACAUGGGUCACCACUGAGGCCGCGGGCACCACGCCGGG